CAACGAAGCUCUACGCUGAACCGCCAGCUGUCAGUCACGCCUCUUCAACUCUUUAUCAUUCCCAUCCACUUCCACAGAAACCAAGGAAUCAACACGCGCUCCGUCCCGCUUCCACGUCGGCAGCCAGAUCCGCAUCUCUCCAACUCCGGCGAGUAGGAAUUCAAUUACACACUCUCGCGAUUCGGAACGAGAAGCUCAAAACCAGCUCAGAAUCACUGAUACGAAACACAUCACUUCCCUGGGAAAAAGCGUCUCCAAAAAGCUUAAAACAUUUAUUUCCCUCUCAUAAUUUUUCACUUAAUUUUUUCUAUUUUUGGUUUUCUGGGGAAAAAAAUCUCAUUCUCUACAAAAAUGCUCUGAUUCAUUUCUCCCUCCCAAACCCUAGCUCUCGACGCGUGGAGCGAGAAAGUUUCUAGCUUUUUUCCGCCUCUGCUGGCGGCGUAUCAACAAUUUCGAGCUUCCGGAGAAAAAAACUCGGUGUGUGCAUUGCUGUUUGGAAACGUAUAUUUUUUUCGGUUGGGUUUUACCUUAAUCAUCAUAUACUAUAUUUAUAUACAGAUAUUAUGAGUAGGCUGAAAGAUACAGUGGCGGCGGAAGAACUUCCUACUGAAGGUUCUGGCAAUCUAAUGGGUGGGUCUGUUUCUAAACUUGAAGCUAUCCGGGUCGGGUCAUUGGAAGCAAAGAAAGAUGAUGGUGGCUCUGUUACUGCAGCAUCAGCAGCAAUAGUUGAUAUAGAAAAAGACUUAUCUUUUCUAAAAAUUGGAUUUUGGAAUUUGAGCGAUGAAGAGUUUGAAGGCACAAGAAGUGUUUCAGAUAGUGUUGUUGAUGGCAGAGGUGUUCUUGAUGUUGAUGGCUCCUCGACCGUGGUGGCGAGGGAUGAAAAGAUCAUUGAUGCUGAUUUUACAUGUACUGAUAAUACGGGGAGUGGUGAUGGUAUGAGAGGGAGAGAGAGAGGUACGAUCAACUUGAAUGCUGAUGUCAGUGUGGAUGGGAACGGGGUGGGAAGGUGGAAUGGGGAGAGGGUGGAGGACCAAGAUCAUGGUUUUCGAGUUGGGGACCUUGUGUGGGGGAAGAUCAAGAGCCAUCCGUGGUGGCCGGGGCAGGUAUAUGAUCCGAGGGAUGCCUCGGAGUUUGCGUUGAAGCACAGCCAAGAGGGUCGUGUGCUCGUGGCCUUUUUUGGGGACGGUUCUUGUUCUUGGUGCUUGCCCUCGCAGCUAGUACCUUUUGUGGAGAAUUUUGAUAGGAUGUGGAGUGAUAGGCCUUUGAGUUCGAGGAGCUUUGUCAACGCGGUGCAGAGGGCGGUUGACGAGAUUGGGAGGCUUUUAGAGUCGAGGAUGACGUGUGGAUGCAUCCCGUUGGAGAAGAGGGAUCAUCUUGCUAGGCCUAUGGUGGCGAAUGCUGGGAUCAAGGCGGGGGUGCUCAUGCCGGAGGUGGCCAUUGAUCGCCUUCCUAUUCCUGAAUACGAGCCUGCUGAGAUACGUGCAAAAGUGGUGGGAUUCGCGAAAACUGCUUCCUUUGACAAUUUGUUUGAGCUUGUCAUCUUGAGGAGUUGGAUAUCUGCGUGUUCGUAUGCAAAAUGUGGCAGCCGGCUUCCUGUUUAUGGUGAGCCCCUUGUUAUUGAAGGUUUGGAAUAUGAUGAUGACGAGAAGAAUGGUUUCAGUGUUCCGACUCCUUUGCCAGCCGAGGGCCCCUUAGAUGAUAAGAUCUAUCAGAACACAAAACAGAAAAGUGUUGCUGAGCUUAUGGCAAAGAAGAAGAUUGGAAAGUCUAAAAAAACAAAGAAGAUGGGCGAUGGUGUGGUUGUGAAUGGUCAUGGACGGAGGGGUCGGUCUUCAGCGAAACGGGAUAGGAAGACAAGGGACGAGGUCUCUGGAUUGAGUGACACGACAGAUCGGGUGACACGACAGAGUAAACCUAAAUUGGAAUGUGAAAUUGGAUUUUCAUCUAGGGAGAGGAAGAAGAGCAAGUACCUGUCUCCUCCUUAUACUAGUCUUGGAGGGAGGAUCGUCGAUUCGGGCUAUAAGCUUGAACCUGACCUUGAUGAACUCUCGGAGGUGGACACGAUAGAAAAGAAUACGACUGAUGGGGAUUCCCGAGAUGAAGAAAUUUCUGCAUUUGCAUUUCCAGAGCUUGAUGACGAGGAGAAUGAGCAGAAAAUGGCAUUUUCAGCAUCUGAUGUUGAUUUAGAGGUCAAUGAGCUGUUGCUGAAGUUGGAAUCUGCUGCUAUUGAUCGCUUCUUCCUGACAAACGAGGGCCAUCUUGAUCCCGUCUGGGCAUUCGUGUCAGCAUACAGAAGCUCAACCUACUUGCACGGAUCAGACCUCAAACCGCACCACAAAUGCAAGAAAGUGAGCCAUAAGAGAAAGAGGCCCUCCUUGGCUUCUCCAUCUGCUCCGAGACCCCGUGGCUGCAGUCCCAAGGUUUCCCUGCCAUGCAAGCGCCCUGCAGACGAGCCAGCAGAUGAUCUCGUCUCAGAUGCUAGAGCGAUGAGGCAGAAGCUCGACUCAAUGACCACAAUCUUGGAAGAUCAUGGCUUGAGAUUCUCGUCUGACGACAAAACUUGCUUGAAGGAGGAGUUGAAAGUUCUGAUGGAGAAGGUGGUGACGGCGGGCGAGAAGGUAAGGUUGAUGGCUGAGAAGACCUCAUCUUGAAUGAAAAAGAUUAGUAGCCUCAUUUUGCAGUGAUGAGAUUCUUGAUUACGAUUGUUUUCUAUGAUUUUUGUCAUAUUUUCUAGUGGGAAAAAUCAGUUGAUGUUUAUAGUAGUCCUAACAACUGACCUCAUUUUGAAACACAGUGUUCCAUCUUUUAUGAAUCUAUGAUGAUUAUCGUUUCAUUUU